UUAGUUGUAUGUUGUCAAUAGCAUCAAUCACGAACAUAUAAAUAAAUAUAGAAGAAACCGUUCGGAAAUGGAAAGGGAAAAAUGAACAUGGAAGACAAGAAAGUUUUCUUCAGGUUUAGCGUAUGCGUGAUACGCUUUGAAUGUCUCAGAUAAAGAUAAAGAUACUCUGCUCAUUUCUAUUUGUUCCGCAGAACGAGAAAUUUGUUGUCUUUCAUAUUGGUUUUUACGAUUCAAUUUUUGGGCAGUUUUCCCUAGCGAGUGUCGGUCCCUGUUUGAUAUAACCAGACCGUAAUUUAUACAGAUAUGUAUUAUAGAUAUAUAUUUGUAAAACUGAAAUCAGAUGAAAUAAAUGUUGCCUGAGGUUUUAAACGUUUAAUAAAAACAAUAUUUCAUUUGGAAAAAAUGUAAGAUAUGUAAAAUUACACAUUGAUCAUUUUGCUGGUCUUGUAUCAUAAAACGUGUGGCCCGAAGAGCACGUGUCCGGUAGAGAUACGUCACUUGUGUUAGGAAUCGUUUUAUAACCUAUCACAGUAAAGGAACGUCCCAGUAUAGCAGCCGAAGAAUGCCGUGGAAGUUUUUGUACAAAGUACAAUUGAUCUACAAUUGAUAUUUUCCGCAAUACUUAUCUGGUGUUCGGUCAGGGUGUCCCAUACUCAUGAUAUUUAUAACAGUGGAAUGGCGUUAGUAAAUCAAUUACAAAAAUUUUCGAGAUCAAUUCUCGGUAUUGCAUCAAAUUAUUCAAAAUAUACAAGCAACACAACGUUGCCCUUUUUGCAGGCAACAAGAGGAAUAUCGACCACGCAACCACUUUCAGAAAAACAAGAAGUAAAUAUAACGUUUGUUAAAGCAAGUGGAGAGAGAAUCAAAGCAAAAGGGAAAGUAGGAGAUACUAUAUUAGACAUAGUAGUAAAUAAUGAAAUUGAUUUAGGUGGAUAUGGUCACGGCUAGGCUGUCAAAUAGUAAUGUCUAAGGAACUAGAUGGAAUUGAGGUAAGAGUUCCAUCAACAAUUAAUGAUGCAAGAGCAUAACUGAAAUUAUCUAUAGGUUUUUGAAAAUUUGUAUACAAUGUUAUACAUCUCUUGUUAAAAAACCCUUGUUAUAAUUAUUAAAAUAUUGGUAUUAAAAAAAUAUAAUAAAGAAUCGUGUUUAAAUGUGAAGCUUAUAUAUAUACAUAUGUUAUAGUAUAAUUGCAAUUUUGAUAUUUGUACAUUGCCAUUGUAAAAAGCCUAUCCAAUUAUGAAGAAAAUAUAUCUUUUAUUUUUAAUAUA